AUGGGAGUGUCAUCACUUCUCGUUGGCGUCAAUAGCAGGAUCAAAGCCUCUUUGAUCUCAUCCCUGCGAUCCCCCUCGGGCGAUGUUAUCUCGGACCUUCCUGGCAUGUCCUCGCUGUGCACCUCCUUCUUCCAACAACUUUACAGUGGAUCUCAACAUGUCACCCCGGACCCUUCCUUCUGGUCUCAUGUUUCCCCUUCUCAAGUGUCUCAAGACGUGUCCUCCCGUCUCUCCCUCCCUUUCUCCCUUGUUGAAGUCUCUAAGGCAAUCUCUUCGCUUCCUAAAGGCAAGACCCCCGGGCCGGAUGGCCUUUCUGAUGAGCUUUUCCGCACUUUCCGCACCCACUUCACACCUGUUCUUCACUCCUUGUUCCUCGGGUCCCAAGAUAGCCUCCCCCCUUCCAUGCUGCAGGGCCGGACAGUGCUCAUCCCAAAAAAAACCGAUGCCACCGUAGUUGACAACCUACGACCUAUCACACUCAUGAACACCGACUAUAAAGUACUGGCGAUCUGCUUGGCAAACCGAGUGCAGCCUCUACUUCCCUCCCUCAUCAAUCAUUCCCAGACUGCCUUCAUCAAAUCUAGAAAAAUCGGCGACACUCUCAAUGACACCUUAUGUGAAAAUCGGUGUUAG